AUGUAUUCCGUCGAAGAAAUGAUAUCGUGGUGUGCACAAAAAUUUCGAUGCACACGAUGUCAUGAAAAUGAGCAUUUGAUGCCGCGACUGAUCAACUGCAUCCGAUGCUACCAAAAACAUCAUUUUUUCAACGAUGAGCCGGUGAAUACAUGGAUUGCAUUGGAGGAAGCACAGAUACUAGUCCAUUCAAAUGCUAUACAACAAUCGGUCGAUAAAAUUAUCAUACCGCUCGCCACACAAGUGGGAAAUACUUUUGAAGUGGAAAUCGGAACUGUGAGACAGAAAGUGCAAAAAUUGAUGUCGUCGAUAAAAGAAACGAGAAAUUGUGCGGAGUAUAUCAUGGCUGUCAAUCAACAUCACGACUUUUGCCUCAAAUGCCACAAUUAUCUCCAACAGCUUGAACGCCAAAUUGCCAGGGAAAGACUCGGAUUUCAGCGGCUAAUUGGCGAGGGCGAAGUGAGGCUCUCCGCAGAAAUUGCUGUUCAAGCAGUGCCUGCACUGAAUACUGUGGAGACAGCUAUGGGAGCAGAUUUUACUGCAUAUGCGAGACCAUCAGUUGAAAUAGCCGUGCAAGCCGCACCAAAAAUGAAAUCCGCGGCGACAGCUCUGGGAAAGGAUUUCAAUAAGUAUGCGAGACCUUCCAACGAAAUUGCGACUCAAGCAGCGCCACAAUUGAAGACGAUCGCUGUUCAGACGGGCAAGGAUUUGUAUGCGUCGCGUAAAUUUGCUGCUCAAAAAGCGCCAAAACUGCAGUCGGUAGUUGCCCAAGGAGCCCCACAAAAGAAAACCGUGGAGGAAAUGACGACCUUACAAUUAGGAAAAACUUCAAAUACGCGCUAUCACCCUCCCUCCGUUCAACCAGUUGUGUGCACAAGCACCACCACUACUAUCUUAAAUCCUGAUUCCAAUGAGCUCCAAGGAUCUGCAAAAUCUUGUGAUAUCAGCCGCAUGAUGAAUAUCCUUCAUUCUCCAAUAUUCCGCGGAGUAUUGUCGAGAACGAGCGGCUGGCUUGCACUUGAAAACAGUCAAGAAUAUCCAUCCGAGAUGGCAGUUUAUGAAUGGGCCGGUGUAUGGAAAAAACUAGUAUUGUGGGGUAAUGCGUCGAUAGAGGAUGGGAUCAACUUGUCAUCAUUUGUCAUUCGAAAUAUACAGAAACUUUUGAAUGGAGGAACAUCAGGGGGCUUGGGACAUAACAUCCACCGUGGCCCUUGGCAUUUCCCAUUUAUCGGUGACAAACAGAGGGCUUUUGAGGAGAAAUAUAAUUUUCGAAUUGCGUUGAUUACAUACGAAAUGGACGAGGGUACUAACCGAUAUCUCUGUAUCUUCGAUUGCAACAAGCCCGACACGCUUCUCUGCUUGUAUUAUAAAUGGAAUCGAUACUUCCUCAUUUACAUGGGUUCUCCCUCCGAUUGCUCGAAAUACGAGCAAAUGCAGUUGGGAAUCAUUCCAAAUCAUGAGACAUUGACAAUGAAAGUGACAUCGGAGAAGAUCAAUGAAUCGACAUAUAAACGGACUGUGGCACCGGAAACAGAAUGGAAUAACGCGAGGGUAUGGACGGCAAACUACCGACCUACAUUCGAUGAUAUCAAUUGUUUCGAUUGUCUCAAGGGUCCACUACCAGAUAUGUCUUAUUGUCAUGAAUUCACUGAAAUGUGC